AUGCCGCACUUCCUGAACACCUGGACGGGCGAGUUCGAGUGGCAUGCCGAUCCACGCAAGAUCACGUACGCGAUUCUAUCUCACACUUGGCGAUCCCCAGACGAAGGCGGAGAGCAGUCGUACAGCGAUGUGCGCAGGCUUCAGAUGUCGGUCAAUGCGGAGCCCGAGCAGCGCCAGCGGAGACUCUACGCUGCGACCGUAGACAUCAUCCGAUGCCACCAGAUAACAACCCUUUCCCAGGCAAAACGGGUCUCCCCUCACUUCCUCCUUCCAAAAGGUGCGGCCGCCCUCCCCUCAUUCGUCCUCUACCACCCCGAGCUGUCCCACAAAAUCAAAUACGCAUGCAAGGUCGCGCGCAGAGACGGGUACCUCCUCCUGUGGAUCGAUACCUGCUGCAUCGACAAGUCGAGCAGUGCAGAGCUCUCCGAGGCGAUCAACUCGAUGUUCGAGUGGUACAGACUAGCCGACGUCUGCUACGCCUAUCUCGAGGAUGUUCCCGAUGACGACGAUCCGACUCAAGCCAAUUCCUACUUCUCGCGGAGCAGGUGGCACAAACGGGGCUGGACGCUGCAGGAGCUCAUCGCCCCAAAGCGUGUCGUCUUCCUGACUCGCACGUGGGGCUGUCUGGGGACGAAGGCUGGACUCGCAUCCUCGCUGGAGAAGAUCACCGGAGUCGACUUCAACAUCCUCACUGGCCAUAUCUCUAUUCACUCUCAGAGUGUCGCGCGAAGGAUGUCGUGGGCCGCCUGCCGGGAGACAACGCGCAUUGAGGACCAGGCGUACUCAUUGCUGGGCAUUUUCGGUAUCCACAUGUCUCCAAUCUACGGAGAGGGCCAAAACGCGUUCCUCCGUCUACAAGAAGAGAUUGUAAGGACCAUUCCCGACCACAGCAUCUUCGCAUGGGGUUCUAGCUGCGCCCUUCCUAAUCUGACAGAGAGCGAGGGCAAAGUCACAUACCGAUGGACUAGUAUCGGGCUCCUGGCCGAAACACCGUUAGCCUUCAAGGGGCUCGCCGACAUCACACCGCUAUCCUCUGUCGCGUUUGCAACUCGCCUUGGGCUUAGAGCAGAGGAUGUGCCUACCCUCGACUGCCUUUUCGCUUCCCAGGGUGUCCGUGUUAAGCUCCCCUGCAUCGACCUUGCACAAACACCGCAGCUAUUCAAAGCUCUUCUGGCACGCAAACCUGAGUCCCCCUCACCACAGCCGACGGAAGACCAAGGCGAUCCAGACUCGCGAGAAGACGUCAUCCCUUCUUCGUCUUCCGAGGAGGAUCCCAAGCCAGCGGAUGAGGCAAGCGCGGAGUUUGCGUGCUCGCACAGCGUCGAAGCGCUGCGGCGCGAGAACGAGUCCCUUCGCACCGCGCUAUCGCUGCAAACCGAUCGCGUGUCCACCCUGGAGUCGCAGAUGGCAGCCGUGAUGUCUCGACUCGAAGCUUUGGAUGCAGCACAAGGUGCGUACGGACUUCGCGUAUUCCGCGGACAUACGCUUUACAGCUGGUCCUGA